AUCACAACGCUGUUCUCACCAAGGAGCUGGUCCUGCCAAAGCCUCACCAAGAUGUUGUGCUACCAACAGCAGUGCUUCCCUCCUCUCUGCCAGGAACCCAUCCCCGUUAAGUGCCCCCCCAGGUACCCUGCCAGGCACCCGCUGGUGACCAGCUGGCAGUCGGCGCAGUGCAUCCCGCAGUAUGUGACCCCCUGCGUCCCCCGGCAGCGGUUUCUGUCCUCCAGCUUCUCCCAGCAGCAGUGUGUGACCCAGUGUGUGCCACGGCAACAGUAUGCAACCAAGUGCGUGCCGCAGCAACAGCGUGUGAGCCAGCUCAUCCCACCACAGCCGUGUGCACCUAGGUGUGUGACAACCUGUGUGCCACAGCAGCAGUAUAUCACCCCAUGCGUGUCGCAGGAGCCUUGCAUGACCAAGUGUGUGCCGCAGCAGCAAUGUGCAACCAAGUGCACGCCUCAACAGUGUGCAACCAAGUGCGUGACCACCUAUGCCACCCAGCAGCAGUGUGCGACCAAGUGCAUCCCGCAGCAGCAGUGUGCCACCAGGUGUGUGACCACGUGUGUGCCACAGCAGCCAUUCCUGACCAAGGGCAUCCCCCAGCAGCAGUGUACGACCAAGUGCGUCCCGCAGCAGUGUGUGACCACCUACUCCCCACAUCAGCAGUGCGCCACCAGGUGUGUGACCACAUGUGUGCCGCAGCAGCGUGCGACCAAGUGUGUCUCACAGCGCUACGUGACCACUUGUGCCCCGCAGCAGUGUGCCACCAAGUGUGUCCCGCAGCAGUGUGCCACCAGGUGCGUGACCACGUGUGUGCCACAGCCGUGUGAGACCAAGUGUGCAACCAUCUGUGUCCCACAGCAGUGUACGACCAAGUGUGUCCCACAGCAGCAGUGUGUGACCAAGUGUGUCCCGCAGCAGUGUGCAACCAACUGUGUCCCGCAGCAGUGUGCCACCAAGUGUGUCCCACAGCAGUGUGCGACCAAGUGUGUCCCGCAGCAGUGUGCCACCAAGUGUGUCCCGCAGCAGUGUGCAACCAAGUGUGUCCCACAGCAGUGUGCGACCAAGUGUGUUCCACAGCAGCAGUGUACGACCAAGUGUGUCUCACAGCAGUGUGCCACCAAGUGUGUCCCGCAGCAAUGUGCAACCAAGUGUGUCCCACAGCAGUGUGCGACCAAGUGUGUUCCACAGCAGCAGUGUGCGACCAAGUGUGUCCCACAGCAGUGUGCCACCAAGUGUGUCCCACAGCAGCAGUGUACAACCAAGUGUGUCCCACAGCAGUGUGCGACUGAUUGUGUCCCACAGCAGCAGUGUCAGUCAGGUGGAGUAAAAAUUUCAAGUCACUCUAAAAAGUACUGCUCUGCAUCAAAAUGGCCCUGGUAAAAAGGAGCGGGGGAAAGGAAGGUCCUUGGAAAAACAGCGAGGUAUGGCUUUGGGGCAGGAUUAUUUAUCUCCUUGUGUCACCUGCCGACUACUUGCUAUUGCUUAAUUCUGCUUUAUCUCUGUUUUCCAGUACUUCCCCUGUAGCUCAGCUCUAUUUUGGGCCAGGGUAUGAUAUUAUUUCUAUGGUUGCGCUCCAGGUGUCUGUGGCUUAUUCCUUAGUCUGCUGCAAGAAAUAGUUCGGUGGGAUGUCAUUAAAUUCUCACCUAAUUGAAAUUAAUAGAGGUUUCAAAAGAAAAAAAAAUGUCUAAGGAGUCCAGCUGACAACAGCAUCAAGAGGACUGGCGGUGCGGCCGGCGGAGGGCUGUCACCAGGUUUAGUCCUGGUCGAGACAAUGCCUGGGUUGACCUGUAAUCCCCAAGGCUGCAAGUUCUCCAAAAGAGCUGUUUUCACUCACAGAUUUGGAAGCCAAAUGUAAAUUUGCUAAGCAAACAGUAUACGAGUCUUGUUCCAACAGCCUUCGUUUCGGAAGGUGGCCAGAAGUCCCUGCUGACUCUGCACUGACUUCAGUGGAGUCCCUAAACCAGGCAGGGUUUCUGGCUCGGUGAAGUUGGUCCUGCUGAAAUUUUAUCCAUGAAAGUUUUUAUUCACUUGGUUGCUUUGAUUAAUAUGGAAAACACAGCCUGAAACAAAACAAAGUCUUUGAAAUGACACUGAAAGUUGUAGCGCUACUCUUUUAUAAAUGUUGGAGAU